CGCAACAACUCCACGCCUGCCACGGCUCCUUCUCCUCCUUCUCGCAAAUUAACUUAAAAGCGGCGCAUUUCACAGACAAGGAGGGAAAACAACAUUUUUUCUCUCCGUCAUUUUCCCUCUCUCUCUCUCUCUUAUUUUGUUGGCAGCGACGCCAAACACUUGAGCGAGGCGGACAUUAACCCGUUAGCGGCAGCAGCGAACCGGAGCUGCCACGAAUAGAUCCACAGUAGAUCCACGACCCUCCCUCCCCCCUGUACCCCGCUUACCCCGGUGUCGGCUGACCGGGAUAGGACCUCGUGCUUCUCCGGAGUGGAUUGGGUCAAACUCGCGAAGACGGGACUAAACGCGGCGCUUCUUCAGAUAAGGAGAGAAAUGCAAACGGCGGCGACAAAGAGGAGAUUCAAAACGGAGCACGUGUGAUAUCAUAUGUCCUCCGAGUGGUCCACACAUAUAGCAAGAGGGUGGGAUACAGCAGAUGCUAAUUCUCUCCACUCCAGUCUUGUUUUUCAAGAGGAAGUUGAAUGGAUUGGUCACACUUUGCACAAGGUGUUAGUCUUUGAUCCUGUCAGAGUGGGACGCGUCUAGCAGCGGGGACUGAGGAGGGAGCAGUGCCAUCUUGGAGCAUGGUGCCUAACGUUCACCUGGUAGGGCCCCUCCGGCCCAGAGGGGCGUUGCUGUUGCUGCUUCUACUCGGCUCCUGGGUGAUCUCUUCUCUGGCAGACAGCAAGCCGAGUUUUAUCAAAACCCCCGAGGACCAGACUGGCAUCUCGGGCGGGGUUGCAUCGUUUGUGUGCCGGUCCACAGGAGAGCCGAGGCCGAGGAUCACCUGGAUGAAGAAGGGCAAGAAAGUCAGCUCCCAGCGAUUCGAGGUGAUUGAAUUCGAUGACGGCGCGAGCUCCGUGCUGCGGAUCCAGCCGCUGCGCACCCACAGAGACGAAGCCAUUUACGAGUGUACCGCCACUAACAGCGUUGGCGAGAUCAACGCCAAUGCCAAGCUCACAGUGCUGGAAGAGAACCAGAUCCCGCCCGGCUUCCCCACCAUCGACAUGGGGCCUCAACUGAAAGUGGUGGAAAAGACCCGGACCGCCACGAUGCUGUGCGCCGCGGGUGGGAAUCCGGACCCGGAGAUCUCGUGGUACAAGGACAUGCUCCCCGUAGACAUCAACAGCAGCAACGGGCGCAUCAAACAGCUCCGCUCAGGUGGUACACCAAUUAGAGGAGCGCUGCAAAUCGAGAACAGCGACGAGUCGGACCAGGGGAAAUACGAAUGUGUAGCCAUGAACGACGCCGGCACCCGCUACUCUGCUCCUGCCAAUCUCUACGUCAGAGUGCGAAGAGUCCCACCUAGAUUCUCUAUUCCACCCAACAACCAAGAGGUGAUGCCGGGCGGCAGCGUCAACCUGACGUGCGUUGCGGUGGGCUCGCCCAUGCCCUACGUCAAAUGGAAUGGUCAGGUGGAGCUGACCAAGGAGGAGGACAUGCCGCUGGGCCGCAACGUGCUGGAGGUCACCAGCAUCCGAGAGUCGGCCAACUACACCUGUGUGGCCAUCUCUUCUCUGGGCAUGAUCGAAGCCACGGCACAGGUUACCGUCAAAGCUUUACCGAAACCCCCGACCUCCCUGACUGUGACGGAGACCACCGCCACCAGCGUGACGCUAACGUGGGACUCCGGAAACCCAGAGCCCGUUUCCUACUACAUGAUCCAAUACCGAGCCAAGUCGUCGGACAACGGCUUCCAGGAGGUGGAGGGCGUGGCAACCACGCGCUACAGCAUCGGCGGACUCAGCCCGUACUCCGAGUACGAGUUCCGCGUCAUGGCCAUCAAUAACAUCGGCCGCGGGCCGCCCAGCGACCCCGUGGAGACGCGCACCGGCGAGCAGGCGCCCUCGUCGCCGCCCCUCCACGUUCAGGCGCGCAUGCUGAGCGCCAGCACCAUGCUGGUCCAGUGGGAGCCGCCGGAGGAGCCCAACGGACAGAUAAAAGGCUACCGGAUUUACCACAGCUCCGACAUGACGGCCCCGCUCAGCGCCUGGCAGAUACACAACACGGACGACAGCAGCCUGACAACCAUCUCUGGCCUGACGCCCGACAUCACCUACAGCCUCAGGGUGCUGGGCUUCACCUCCGUAGGUGACGGACCACCCUCUGACAUCCUGCAAGUCAAAACACAGCAGGGAGUUCCGGCGCAGCCGUCCAGUUUCGAGGCCGAAGCCGAGCUCGACACCCGGAUCUCGCUGACGUGGCUGUGGCCCGUGCAGGACCAAAUCACCAAGUACGAGCUGCAGUACUGGGAGGCCGGCUCAGACAGCAAGAAACACGUGACGUUCGGCCCGGCGGGCUCCCACUCUGUGGAUGGAUUAAAGCCUGACACUAUGUACUAUUUCUCCCUGGCAGCCCGCUCUGAAAUGGGCUUGGGCGUCUACACCCAGCCCAUCCAAGCCCGCACUGCUCAGUCCACUCCCUCCGCUCCACCUCAGGAAGUUCACGUGGUCAGCCUGACCUCCACAAGCCUCAAGGUGAGUUGGGUGGCGCCGCCUGCCGACAGCCGCCACGGUGCCAUCGUGCGCUACACAGUCAGCUACCAGGCUCCGGCGGGAGAGGACACGGAGCGGCACGAUGUGCCCGACAUCGGUGCAGACGCCACCAGCCAUGUGCUGGAAGGCCUGGAGAAGUGGACUGAGUAUGAGGUGUGGGUGAGGGCGCACACUGAUGUGGGCCCAGGCCCUGAGAGUGCCCCGGUCAAGAUGAGAACCAAGGAGGAUGUGCCCGGAGCCCCUCCCAGGAAGCUGGAGGUUGAGGCCAUAAACUCCACCGCCAUCCGCGUUACUUGGAAGCCUCCUGUACAGGUGAAGCAGCAUGGACAAAUCAGGGGCUACCAAGUCAUCUUUUCCCGACUGGAAAACGGCGAACCACGAGGCCAGCCGAACAUCAUGGAUGUUGCUUUGCCAGAGGCGCAGUGGAAUAUUGAAGAGUCCACCGAGCAUGAAGCUGUUAUUGGUGGACUGCUGGCUGAAACCACCUACUCCGUCACUGUGGCUGCUUACACCACCAAGGGCGACGGAGCUCGGAGCAAAGCGAAGGUCGUCACCACGACUGGAGCAGUGCCAGGCAAACCCACUAUGAUGAUCAGCACCACCAUGGGAAACACGGCACUCAUUCAGUGGCAGCCGCCUAAAGAAAUGGUGGGUGAGCUGAUGGGCUACCAGCUGCAGUACAAGCGCACCGACGAAGAGGUCUUCACCUCACUGGAGCUGAGCAAAACUAAAGACCACCACACCGUCACCGAGCUGCACAAAGGAGCAACCUACGUCUUCCGGCUCAGCGCCCGGAACCGUGCCGGCGCCGGUGAGGCCUACGUGAAGGAGAUCAGCACACCUGAAGACCUGCCCACAGGUUUCCCGCUCAACCUCAAGGUGACGGGUCUCUCCCAGUCGAGCACGAAGCUCACCUGGGAGCCUCCAAACCUGAAGGAACGGAACGGCAAGAUAAUCUACUACAGGGUGGUGUACAAAGACAUAAACAACCAGCAGGACAGCAACAGCAACACCACGAACACGCACUUGACCAUUGAGGGACUGAACCCAGACACCACCUAUGACAUCCGCGUUCAGGCUUUCACCAGCAAGGGGGGCGGCCCUCUGAGCCCCAGCAUCCAGAGCAGGACCAUGUCGAACGAUUUCCCAACCCUUAACUUUGGUGUCAAGGCUGUCACAAAAACGUCUGUGCUGCUCACCUGGGACUUGCCAGAAAACUACAAAUCCCAGGCUACCUUCAAGAUCUUGUACAACCAACAGAGUGUCGAGGUGGAGGGAAACCAAAAGAGGAAGCUGAUCACACAUCUGCAGCCAGACACCAACUACUCGUUUGUGCUGAUAAGCAGGGGAAUCAUUGCUGGCGGUCUGCAGCAGCAGUUGUCCAUCCGCACGGCCCCUGACCUGAUUAAAGCCAAGCCCGUCUCACAAACGCCUCAGGAUGGCAAAAUGACCAUCAACCUGCCAAAAGUCCAGACCACCACCCGCGUCAGAUGGUUUUACAUCGUGGUGGUGCCACAGUCCCAAUCGAUUCAUCGGUGGAAGAACCCAGACGAGGUGGACCUGGAAGAGCUGCUCAGGUCCAGAGAAGGUCCGAUGCUGAGGCGCAGACGCCACGUGGAGUCCCCCGGGGCAUAUGUUGCAGCCAAACUGACUCAUCUGCCGCCAACCUUUAUACUGGGUGAUGGCCAGGACUACAUGGGUUUCAAAAACAAGCCCCUAACUAACAUGCAGGAGUUCCAGUGGUUUGUUGUUGCAGUACUGCGAAACGAGGGGACGGAUGGCGCAGCUAAUUAUAUGACCUUUUCGUCCAGCCCCUACUCUGACCCCGUCCAGAUCCCAAAGCAGUUGACCCAAGUCGGGGAUCAGCCUGAGAUGUUGUGGGUCAUGGGCCCCGUGCUGGCGGUGGUCGUCAUCAUCAUCAUCGUCAUCGCCAUCCUUUUGUUUAAAAAAAAGCGGUCGUCACCUUUACCGAAAGACGAGCACUCGGGCGGCGUGAAGGAUUCGCUGCUGGGCAACUCCUCCGACCCCGUAGAGAUGAGACGACUCAACUACCAAACCCCAGGUCCCAGCACUCAUCGCUGCCCCAACACUCCAAGAAUGAGGGAACACCCACCAAUUCCUGUCAUUGACCUGGCUGACCACAUAGAGAGACUUAAAGCCAACGACGGCCUGCGCUUCUCCCAGGAGUAUGAGUCCAUCGAUCCGGGCCAGCAGUUUACCUGGGAGAACUCCAACAUGGAAGUGAACAAGCCAAAGAAUCGCUAUGCAAACGUCAUCGCUUAUGACCACUCCAGAGUGGUCCUCACCUCUGUGGAUGCUGUUCCAGGCAGCGACUACAUCAACGGCAACUACAUCGACGGCUACAGGAAGCAGAACGCCUACAUCGCCACUCAGGGGCCUCUGCCGGAGACGCUGAGCGACUUCUGGAGAAUGGUGUGGGAGCAGAGGUCCAACACCAUCGUCAUGAUGACCAGACUGGAGGAGAAGUCGAGGGUGAAGUGUGACCAGUACUGGCCGUCACGAGGAACAGAGACGUACGGGAUGAUCCAGGUCACGAUGCUGGACACUGUGGAGCUGGCAACUUACAGCGUCCGAACCUUUGCCCUCUACAAGAACGGCUCCAGCGAGAAGAGAGAGGUGAGGCAGUUCCAGUUCAUGGCCUGGCCUGACCACGGCGUGCCCGAGUAUCCCACACCCAUCCUGGCCUUCCUACGGCGAGUAAAGGCCUGCAAUCCUCCAGACGCCGGGCCCAUGGUGGUUCACUGCAGUGCGGGCGUUGGCAGGACCGGCUGCUUCAUCGUGAUCGACGCCAUGUUGGAGCGCAUGAAGCACGAGAAGACCGUGGACAUCUACGGCCAUGUGACGUGCAUGCGUGCCCAGAGGAACUACAUGGUCCAGACCGAGGACCAGUACAUCUUCAUCCACGAGUCCCUCCUGGAGGCCGCCACCUGCGGCAACACGGAGGUGCCGGCGCGCAAUCUGUACGCCCACAUCCAGAAGCUCACCCAGCCGCCGUCCGGGGAGACGGUCACCGCCAUGGAGUUGGAGUUCAAGAGACUGGCCAACUCCAAAGCCCACACAUCACGCUUCAUCAGCGCCAACUUGCCCUGCAACAAGUUCAAGAACCGGCUGGUCAACAUCAUGCCUUUUGAGUCCACCCGUGUCUGCCUGCAGCCCAUCCGUGGUGUUGAGGGCUCCGACUACAUCAACGCCAGCUUCAUUGAUGGCUACAGACAGCAGAAAGCCUACAUCGCCACACAGGGACCCCUGAGUGAGACCACCGAGGAUUUCUGGAGGAUGCUGUGGGAGCACAACUCCACCAUCGUGGUCAUGCUCACCAAGCUACGAGAAAUGGGCCGGGAGAAAUGCCAUCAGUACUGGCCAGCAGAGCGUUCCGCCAGGUACCAGUACUUUGUGGUGGAUCCAAUGGCUGAGUACAACAUGCCUCAGUACAUCCUCAGAGAGUUCAAAGUCACAGAUGCCAGGGAUGGACAAUCCAGAACAAUCCGCCAGUUCCAGUUCACCGACUGGCCUGAGCAGGGAGUGCCAAAAACUGGAGAGGGCUUCAUCGAUUUCAUUGGACAAGUGCACAAAACUAAGGAGCAGUUUGGACAAGACGGACCAAUCACUGUACACUGCAGUGCCGGGGUAGGCAGGACCGGAGUCUUCAUCACCCUCAGCAUCGUGCUGGAGCGGAUGAGGUAUGAGGGCGUGGUGGACCUCUUCCAGACGGUGAAGACGCUCCGCACCCAGCGGCCCGCCAUGGUGCAGACUGAGGACCAGUACCAGCUGUGCUACAGGGCAGCACUGGAGUACCUGGGGAGCUUUGACCACUAUGCAACGUAACCACUCUCCCACCGAAGCAGCUCUCCCCGGUCAGACCUCUCAGGAGUGUGCCAAGUGUCCCAUUUCAGCCGCCAUCCUUCCAAUCACUUGACCCCCCCCCCCCCUCAACCAAACCCCGACCCGUCCCGAUUCUCGACCCCUGGCUCCCGGAGAACGGGACGAGCUCGCCGCCAUCCGUCAAGGGUUUUCCAACUAAUCACAGAGAUAUACGUCGAGAUCACCAACCGCCCAAUAUUUUUUGCUUUAAAGAUGACAGAAACAGCGACGACUCUUGUACAGAUGCGACAGAGCAGAUUCCUGUCGAAGCCAAACCUCCCUGAUUGUCAAAGGCUACUGGUAGCACAAAGAGAGCAUCCUCUCUGUUUUCAUCUUUUUGGUGAUUUGUCAAUAUGAUUUAUCAUGACAAGUUAUUGUUUAGUAUACUUUUUUAUGUUGUUUUUAUUAAUCAUUUUAACACCAGACAUUUCUUUUUUUUUUUUUUUUUUUGUUUCAACCUGCUCAGAGGAGCAAGCAUUAUAUUCAUAAUCGUUUUUAGGGUACGUUAGCACACGGAGACAUGUGUUUUUAACAUGCCUCUCGAUACUAAUACAAGAGGACCACUGUUGUCCAAGCUGCUUUCAGGUUUCUUUUAUCAUUGUUUUGAUGUUCUCAUAGUUCCUUAUGGUAAUUGUCAGUUCAACAACUCGAAUUGCCUUUUCACUUGCCGUUACGAAAAUCGACUUUGAGAUUUGAUUUGAGAACACAGACUUGCUGUAGUUGUCCCUCUGUAAUCGCAGCAGAACGCUGAAACACAACUCGCACAAGGCGCACAGAAAAUGCGAAGCACAUAAUUUCUGUUAUUGUUUGAAUUUUUCCUAUUUUUUAGGUUUGUUUUUCAUCAGAAGCCUAUGGCAUUGAGGCCUUCAUGCUCCACAGCGGAGAACUUACCUGAAGAAAGCAGACUUUUGUACCCAAGGGGUGGGCGACAGGAAAACACAAAAACUCACGAUCUCUGAAUAAAGUCGAGAUGCUCUUCAAGUCCCUCCCCGUGUCCUCGCUUCUCGCCAUCGAGCUCGAUCGGGUUCGCCAAGCGGAAGUGGUUCGUUAUGAGUUGGGAGAGCCGAGCCAUCAGCAUCGGUACUUGUACAGAAUCAACCAUUCCUACAGAGGGACAGAAACUCAGCCCUUUGGACUGAAACCUGAUAUUUUAUACAGAAAUAGAACUAUAAAUAUAUAUAUACACAUAUAUAUAAUUAUGACUGAUUAUAUAUAUGUACGAUUACACAUAGAUAUAUACACAGCUUCAAAAAUAUAUUGUUAAAAAGGAAUAUUUCUGCUGAUCUACCUGGAGACAGAGCCUGCUGUCCUAGAGUGUGUAUUAAUGGAGACACCAUUGUAUCUACUGUACUAUCAUUGUAACUUCAACAGCUGGUUGUCCAUGUGAGGAAGCAGCACAACCCCGCCUCUCCCCUCAACCAUCAUCAAAGCUGACAACUCUUCACUGGGCGAGCACACACCUUCUACACGACCCGCGGGAACAGCAGCGUCCGAUCCAACCGGGUCGAGGAGAGGAAGGAGGGGGAGGACCUGAAAAAAAAAAAAAAAUGUCAUUUCUACCUUGUGAAUGCUUAGUGCUGUAGGGGUUCAAUCUGUUGUACACACAGUCUGUUUUCUAUCUGUUGAUAAAGAACUGGAACUAAAGAAUCAACUGUUGAUAAAAUGAAAAAGAAAAACCUUGAUGUUAAUAAAGUUAAAUAAUUGGGUUUUUGUACAAAGA